AUUCAAAACCUUCAAAACACAUUCGUGACAAACUCUCGUGGCUUUCGUUUGUUGACAAUUUUUCCGUUCAAAAUAAAAUCAGAAACUUGCAUAAAAUAAUGAGUGAAACGACCACCAAGCCGGGCGAAGUUGUAAUGCCCGGUGACACAGUUGACAUUAACAAAGAUUUGUUCAAGAACAAACGCAUCAUACUCGGUCCGGGACUUCGAAAUGUUGACGAUCAAGUGAUUGCUUGUAAGCCGGGGAUUUUACGCACCAAAAAUCAAACAUUCUGGGUGGACAGCUAUCAGAAGCGAUACAUUCCGUGUCGCGGUGAAACGGUCAUUGGAACGGUGACGCAGAAAGCCGGCGACAUUUAUCGGGUGGACAUUGGUGCUAGUGAACCGGCCUGUUUGCCGUAUCUCGCAUUCGAAGGUGCAACGAAAAAGAAUCGACCGGACGUGAAUGUGGGUGAUUUAGUGUUUGCCAAAUUGUUGAACGCGAGCAAAGACUACGAAUCGGAAUUGAUCUGUGUGAAUUCGUACGGUCAAAAGCAUAAACUGGGAGCACUGACCGGCGGUUUCGUGUUUAACUGUAGCAUAAAUCUGGUGAGGAGAUUGCUGAACGAAAAUGGGAAUGUGCUUCGAGCUAUUCAGAAAGAGAUUCAAGUUCCGUUGGAGAUUGUUAUCGGAAUGAACGGUCGAGUGUGGAUAAAUGGGAAGAAUCCCAGAGACAUCAUUGCUGUGGCGAACGCUAUUUUAGCAGCCGAAGACAUAUCCGAAGAAGAAGUUGCAGAGAUGGUGCACAGAGUCGGUGGUUAUUUUACGGGAAUUAAGUGAGUGUUUGUACGAUUCAUUAGAGAAAUAAAUUGGUCAAUCAA